AUAUGUCAAUGUGUCACUGUCAGUGUCAUAAAUGAAAUGAACAUUUUUCAAAUUUUUCAACUUCAAUUGUUUAUUUUCACAUUUAUUGAUAUGAUAAAUAAUUAAAUAAAUAUCUUUUCAAAAACGAUUAGAUGGUUAAAGUAGAAAGUAAAACUGUCAAAAGUGCAAUAAACGGGUAUGUUUACAGCUGAAUUUUGAAUUUAUGUGAUAAGACAUCAAAACUGCUCUCAGCAUGGAUAAUUUAUCAUACAAGAAGUAUCACGUUACGUUUAUGGAGAACAAUGAUGGAACAACUGUCCUGCAUACAUUCUUUCGUGUACUUUUAACUGUUCAGACGGCAUUACUGUGUUCUAUUCGGCCGAUGUUCGGAGAACAGGAACAAUAUGCUUACGAAUAUGUUUCUAUAAUACUAUCUAUGAUAAUAGCCCAUACUGUAUUCGUUGACCAGUUGUACGUGUUAAAUUUUGUAACAUUCUGCUUUAUUGUGUACGAAUUUUGUAGCACUAAUAGUGUAGAAGACAUUUGCAAAGCAUUGGCAAAGCUUAACAAUAUUAGCAGCGCGAAAAUAAAAACUAUAACAUUCCUGCGUGGCCUGACAUACUUGAUUACUGUGUUUUGCAUUCUCGCUGUGGAUUUUAAAGAAUUUCCAAGAUAUUUAGCAAAAACUGAAAGAUAUGGUUACAGUUUAAUGGAUACUGGAGUUGGAUUGUUUGUUAUCAUGAGUGGUUUGGUACAUAAAGAUGUGAGUGGGGGCAACUGUUACUCCAUCAUAUUGAGUAAUGCCAAAUUCUUAAUUGUACUUAUUUCUUUAGGUCUGGUUAGAUUUAUCACUAUAAAACAACUAGAUUAUCAUGAGCAUGUUACAGAAUAUGGUGUUCACUGGAACUUUUUUUUCACACUAGCUGUUUGUAAACUUGUUUCAUCUUUUAUUCUAUAUUAUUCUAAAAAACCACUGUUGUUGAGUUCAUUGACAUUGAUUUUACAUGAAGGUCUAUUGUUCUUUGGGCUACAAGAUUGGGUGUUUGGUGAAAAUGAUAGGGAAUCCCUGAUUGAUGCUAACAGAGAAGGUAUUGCGUCAAGUUUGGGUUAUGUCUCGAUGUACCUUUAUGCUGUUUACAUUCGCUCUAUUUUCUGUAACAGCUUAGUAUCUACAUAUGAGGUUUUAAUGAAGUUUGCAUUAAAUGUAGGUAUUCUUUGGAGUCUAUCAUUCUUUAUUAAUAUAUUAAGACCGACUUCAAGAACAUUGGCCAAUGCCGGCUUCUGUUUAUAUGUUGAGGCAAUUAUUAUAACAAUAACAAUGGUUGUGUAUUUCUUUGAAGUUAUAUAUCAAGAUAAGGAGAGAGGUCUCAGUUUCAAUGUGCCUUACACACUAUUAGCUAUUAACCAAAAUGGUUUGUUAUAUUUUCUUGUAGGUAAUUUGUUAACGGGCUUGAUAAAUAUAAACAUUAGAACUUUGUUAGUAAACAGUUUCACCACAUUUAUAUUAUUGAAUAUGUAUAUGCUACUAACUUUAGCAUUUAUUGCUUAUUUAAAGACUAAAGGUGUUAAGAUUUAAAAACAACAAAAGUAUUUUGUUUUUUAUUUCAUAAGUUGUCACAAUUAUAAUUUUGUUACCAUAGAUUGUCUUUUUUUUCCUCAACAUAAGUCAUAAGUAAAAAUUCCACAUAUACCUUUAGAACGGAACAAUAAUAAAGAGGUAAAGUUGGGAAAAAAAUAAGGAAUUUUAUAAGCAUUGUUUUUGGAAAUGAAAAAUAUUUUAGUUCCUAAUUUUUACAAUUGGUGGUAAUUAUAGUGGAUUCUAAUUAGACGACUAGAAAAAGGGAUCGUCAUGAGUAAUUCAAGACCUAAAGACCAGCUCAUAUUUCACAUGUGAGGAGGUCCAAGAGCCAACCUCAGCUUUCAAUUUAUACCUGCAGAGUUACAAUUUGCGUUUCAAAAAGCAAACUGCGAAUCGUCAGACAGUUCAAGUUUU